GCUGCCCGUUGUUAGGCCUGGCUGCGUGUGUCAAAUCCGCGCCUUGAUCAGAUUCUCUCCAAGAUUCUACUAGGAUAGACGUGGCUGAUUCACUGGGCCUUUCAGCCAAUGGAGAAGAGGGGGGAGGAGAGCCAGGCCCCGCUGCUGGAGCCCAGGCCGGCGGCGGCGGAGAAUGGCGGGAGUGACAUGGUCGGCGAGGGAGGGGCGGAAGAAGAGGGGGUGGGGCUGGGGCGUCAGCUGCUGGAGGAGAACCGGAAGCUGUGGGCGGUGGCGGGGCCGUCCAUCUGCACGCGCUUCUCCACCUUCGGGGUCACCGUGAUCAGCCAGGCCUUCAUCGGCCACAUCGGCCCCACCGAGCUCGCCGCCUACGCCCUCGUCUCCACCGUGCUCAUGCGCUUCAGCAACGGCAUACUGCUCGGCAUGGCGAGCGCGCUGGAGACGUUGUGCGGGCAGUCGUACGGGGCGAAGCAGUACCACAUGAUGGGCAUCUACCUGCAGCGGUCCUGGAUCAUCCUCAGCGGCUGCGCCGUGCUCAUGCUCCCCAUCUUCAUAUUCACCGAGCCGCUGCUCGUCUUCAUCGGCCAGGACCCAACGAUCAGCGCCGUCGCCGGCACCAUCUCCAUAUGGUACAUCCCCGUCAUGUUCGCCAGCGUCUUCAACUUCACGCUCCAGAUGUACCUGCAGGCGCAGAGCAAGAACAUGAUCAUCACCUACCUCGCCUUCGUCAACCUCGGCCUCCAUCUGUUCCUCUCGUGGCUCCUGACCGUCAAGCUGCACCUUGGGCUCGCCGGGGUCAUGACCUCCAUGGUCAUCGCCAUGUGGAUACCUGCGUUUGGGCAGCUCAUCUUCGUCCUCUUCGGUGGCUGCCCUCUCACGUGGACGGGCUUCUCCUUCACAGCACUCACCGACCUCGUCCCUAUCUUCAAGCUCUCUCUGUCCUCUGGUGUGAUGCUCUGUUUGGAAUUGUGGUACAGCACCAUACUGGUCCUCCUAACCGGGUACAUGAAGAAUGCAGAGAGUGCACUUGACGCUCUUUCAAUAUGCCUUAACAUCAAUGGUUGGGAGAUGAUGAUCUCUAUCGGCUUUUUGGCUGCAACAGGAGUGCGUGUGGCAAACGAGCUCGGAGCUGGAAGUGCAAAAAGGGCCAAGUUUGCCAUCUUAAAUGUCGUCGCGACUUCUUUCUCAAUAGGCCUUGUGUUGUUCGUCUUCUUUCUUUUCUUCCGUGGGAAGCUUUCCUACAUAUUUACCACGAGUGAAGAGGUGGCUGCCUUAGUUGCUGACCUGUCGCCUCUUCUGGCCUUCUCCAUCUUGCUGAACAGUGUUCAACCAGUGCUAUCAGGUGUUGCCGUUGGUGCCGGUUGGCAAAGUGUCGUUGCCUAUGUUAACAUCGCAACAUAUUACUUGAUUGGUAUCCCUCUUGGAGCGAUCCUAGGUUAUGUUCUUGGAUACCAUGUGAAGGGCAUUUGGGUUGGCAUGCUGCUCGGGACACUGGUUCAAACAAUUGUACUUCUGUUCAUAACAAUUAGGACCGACUGGGAUAAACAGGUGGAGGUUACUCAGGAGAGAUUGAAGAGGUGGUACAUGGACGGGAACAAUGGAAAGUCAGAUUCAAGGUCAAGUCCAUGAGAUUAGGAAUCCGGCACAAGUAAUGAAUCGCCAUCAAGAAUGAAUGGAUGGAACAUUUGUAGGCGCAGAUGUGUCGGAGGUUGUUCCUCAAGAUCGAGCAAAAGGUAACAGUGAGUCAGUAACGCAGGCUCCACUAGAGAAUGGAGAACAUACUAUCUCUGUUUCUGGAUAUUAGACAUUUUGGCAGUUCAAUUGAAACUGCAAAAGCGUCUUAUAUUUAGGAAGAGAGGGUGUAUUACUCAAGGGACACUUGAUUUUCUGUAAUUUCUACCACUGCUUCAGCAUGUAAAAUAUGCCUUGGAUUGCUGUGGGCUGGUGGCACUAGUGUUGUUUUGGAUUGAUUGAUUUUGGUUGUGAUUAGUAACAUGGUGUUUGUA